AUGUCCGACCUCACAAACGUAAAACUUCUCUCCUUCGACUGCUAUGGUACUCUCAUAGACUGGGAAGCCGGUCUAGCAUCCGACCUCUUCCCUAUCGUCUCUCGCCUGCCCCCCUCCCAUCCCUUCCGCUCCUCCCCCCUGGCCGCCGUGAUCCGUUUCAACGACCACUCCGAAUACCUCUGGGCCACCCAGCCGACCCUCUCAUACAACCGCAAUCUCUCCGAAUCCUUCCGCAUGUUGGCCGGAGAGCUGAGUAUUCCCGUUGAGGGUGAUGCAGAGCUAGAAAAAGCGGCCGAAGAGAUCGGAUCUGGACCUGGAAGAUGGCAGGCGUUUGAUGAUACCAUCGCUGCGCUGGGGAAGCUAAAGAAGCAUUACAAGCUCGUGGUGUUGAGCAAUGUGGACGAGGCCAACAUCUCGCGUGCUCAAUCUGGUCCCCUGGCCGGAUUUGGGGGGUUCGAUGCGGUGUAUACGGCUGAAGCGAUUGGGAGCUAUAAGCCAUCGCUGAAUAAUUUUAGGUACUUGGUUGAGAAGGUGAAAGAGGAGUUUGGGGUUGAUGCCCUUGGAGGGGAGCUGUUGCAUGUGGCGAGGAGCUUGACGGCUGAUCAGAUCCCGGCGAAGGAGAUAGGGUUGAGGAGUGUGUGGAUUGCGAGGGGAGGGGACAAACCGGAGGGGUAUGGCACGGGAGGGGAUUAUGAAAAGUUGAAUGCGGAGGGGAAAUUGGGGUUUGAGAGGAUUUUUCAAACGCUGGGCGAGUUUGCGGAGGAGGUAGAGAGGCAGUUCGCUGAGAAGGGAGAUCAGUAG